CAUACGAUGCACUACUAUCGAAAACAAUGUCGAGCAAGUUUACAACUAUUCUGCUGACGGUGCUUAUCGCACUAUUCGCUUGUGCACUGGCACAGGCUGAAAAGCGUCAUAAACUUACCCGCCCAGCAUUCCAUCCCAAUGCACCCUACUUGGCUGGCAAACGGAUCGUCGGUGGAUUUGUGAUCGAUAUCUCUGACGCUCCUUAUCAGAUAUCCCUGCAGUACAACGGCAAACAUCACUGCGGGGGAUCGAUCCUGAAUAGCAAGUGGAUCCUCACAGCAGCACAUUGCAUCGAUCUCUACUCCGAGGUGAAACCUACCGUACGGGUUGGAUCAUCGGAGCACGCUGCCGGUGGAACCGUGCUGCAUUUAGUGCGCAUUGUGCCCCAUCCCGGGCAUAGCUCAAGUGCCAACAACUACGAUAUCGCUUUGCUGGAGCUCGAGAGUGAAAUUACGUUUAACGAUAAGGUUCAACCCGUUGAACUUCCGGAACAGGAUGAUCCGAUCGACGAAGGAACGAUGGGAAUCGUCUCUGGUUGGGGGAUGACAAUGAGUGCAGCUGAUUCGAAUGCCAUCCUGCGAGCAACAAACGUACCGACAGUGAAUCAGCAGGAGUGUAACCAGGCCUACCAGUCUUAUGGAGGCAUUACGGAACAGAUGUUUUGUGCAGGAUAUAGGCAGGGUGGUACAGGCACUUGUCGGAAUGACUCUGGUGGUCCUUUCGUCGCGGAAGGCAAGCUGAUUGGUGUAGUUUCGUGGAGUCAUGAAUGCGCGCUGGCGGGCUAUCCAGGGGUUUAUGCACGUGUGGCAAGCGUACGUGAGUGGAUUCGUGAGACCAGUGGAGUAUUUCUCGCCAUCAUAAGUACAAUUGACACGAUGUCGAUCAAGUUUACAACCCUGCUGGCCGUUCUAAUCGCACUACACGCCUGUGCACGGGCACAAGCAGAGCGACGCCAUAAACUUACACGUCCAGUGCACAGAUUCGCCCCGAAUGGACCAUACCUGGCUGGCAAACGGAUUGUCGGUGGAUUUGUGAUCGAUAUCUCGGAUGCACCCUAUCAGGUUUCACUACAGUACGACGACGAUCAUAACUGUGGAGGCUCUAUCCUGAGUAGCAAGUGGAUCCUAACCGCAGCACACUGCAUCAACGAUAACGCACCGUCGAAGCCAACCGUACGCGUAGGAUCGUCCGAACAUGCAUCCGGUGGUACCGUCGUACGUGUAGCUCGUAUUGUGCGUCAUCCUAUGCACGGUAGCAAGAACAACUACGACAUUGCCCUACUGGAGUUGAAAAACGAGCUUACGUUUAGCGAAAAGGUUCAACCCAUUGCACUGCCGGAACAGGAUGAACCGAUCGAGGAAGGAACGAUGGGAAUCGUCUCUGGUUGGGGUUUAACACUGAGUGAGGCCGAUUCGAACGAUGUUCUACGAGCGACAAACGUACCGACCGUUAACCAGCAGGAAUGUAACAAAGCCUACCAGUCCAGGUACGGUGGCAUUACGGCUCAAAUGUUUUGUGCGGGGUACAAACAGGGCGGUCAAGAUACGUGCCGACAAGAUUCGGGCGGUCCGUUCGUUGCUGAGGGUAAGCUGAUCGGCGUCAUUUCUUGGGGCCACGAAUGCGCUCUGGCGGGCUAUCCGGGGGUGUACGCACGUGUGGCAAGUGUGCGUGAUUGGAUUCGUACGAUUAGUGGAGUGUAGGAACCUAUCCGGUAUCACAUUGCGUAGAUCUAAUUGUUGAAUGUUCGUUGAACCGUCGUUUUUUCGUAGAACAAAUAUCUCAUGAAUAACAAUUUCGAGAAUUGUAGACGAAAGUUAUUGCAAGCAUAAAUACAAUGCAGUCCGAUAUCAAUAAAAUAUCAAACACAAUAUCUUCUAAAUCAAGAA